AUGUCCGACCAGACCCGUCAACUGUCUUCGGUCUUAGACACUCUGCUACGUCAGCAAUCGGAGGGUAAGACCCAGGACUCUAACUCGCUAAAUGCACUCCUCAAUAGCGUCCUUCCAGCAUACUCAAGAAAGUUUCUAUCCCAUGAAGAACAGGAAGUGGUGAUUAAGAUUUUUCAAGCAAUCCAUCUGCUCACGUCCAGGAGCCCAUCCUUACUUUUUGAGAACAACAGGUACAAAGCCGUCGUGAACGGUUUCAAAUAUUUCUAUGAUGCGCGAUACCAUGGAUCCGAGUUAGCACUGCAGGCAACUGAGUCGUUGAAACGGAUCAUCAACGAUCAGUUCAGGGGAAAACUGGCCUCCAGCUUGCACUUAGAUCUAAUAAAAACGGAACUGAUGGAAUCACUAAAUGACAAUCUCAACUAUGUACUCGAGAGUGUAACCAACUCGACCGCCUCAAAGCCAGUUGAUCUAAACUAUAUCACCACUACCAACGAUUACAGGUUCUCCAAAUUGAGCAUUUCCACACGCAUUCUUCAGCUCCUUCUUGAUGUCUCACUGGAAAACGCUCUAUUACUUCAUUCACAAAAUAUAUUCACGAUGGAGACAUUCAUUGGUCGACUUUGGUUCUGUAUGGAUAAUGUGGUUGUGAAUUUGAAAUUCAACAGCGAUGAGGCCGGGGACACAUCAGAUAUUCUGUCGCAAACAUCAGUCGACAUGAUUGCUGUUAAGUUUGAUGUACUGUACGCCACUCUUUUACAAUCCACUGCAAGCUACACCUUCGAUGAUGAGUUUUUACAACACACUCGUUUGGAGCAACUACUGUUCAAGUGUAAGGAUUUGCUCAAUUGGCCCUUAAUCUCGCGGUUUCCUAAAUUACAAUCGACCCUCGCCGCAACUUUGAUGAGGCUGUUUAUCAAAUGCAAAGAAAUGGACACUUUGUGUUAUUUCUGGAAUAAGCUGGCAAUCACCACAGAAAAGUUGGCAUACGUUGACAUGAUGCCUUUCAAUCUAGGUCCUGACUUAUUCAUUGUCAUCAACUUACUCCUCAUACUGAAUAUGAAAUUUGGCAGGAUAGACAACAUGGGAAGCCCUUCUACAUUUCAGGCCCACUAUUUGAGCUCCUACGAGAUAGCUUUCAGACCUUUCUCGACAGAAAGGCUACACUUGCUGCGAAAUGAACUUCUUCUUUGCGCCUUAGAAGAUGUACUAGAGCCUGAUCUGGACGUGUUGUUGUCUUUGACAAACUCCAAGUCAAUGGUUAAUUUGGUUGAUUCGACUGACAGAAAUCUAAAGGGAAAGGAGAAUUUGGCAUUGGAUCAUGAGAACACGCCUGAGGUCGUUGAUUUGACUUCGAGCUCUUACCUAUCGCAAAGCACAAUCUCCGAUUCCAAACUAAAAACCUGGAUCUCCAAGCUAAAGAAUGCAAAGAAAAAUGGCCAAUUCGAUGCCAUUAGCAGUACACAGCUGGGAAAGAUUUGCAUGGUUACUGCGAUUGGUAGAUAUGCUUGUUUGGUUGCUGAGGACUAUGAUUUCAAGAGCAAGAUAUGCCGCAAGUGCGAUUAUGCUCCAGAUAAAACCAUAUAUCUGCUUGAUAUAGUUGAUCCCAAGAGGCCGUCUAUUGGGUCCAGUUCAGAGAUGGAAUCUGCUUUUACCAUACUUAUUGACACUUUUAUAUCAGACCCAGCAUCUUUGAAUGAUGAACAACUGAUUGUGUCCAUACUGAUCGCCCUUCGCCGUAUUUUUUGCUCGUUCCGCCCACCUUCGCUGAAGAAAUCAGUUAAACUAUGGAGAUUCAUUGAAGCUUGUUUCCUUAGCGUUGUCAGAGAGAUUCGUCUUCUUACUGUCAAGAUCUUCCCGCUUCUUCUCUUAGCCACAGAGGAUGAUCAAUAUGAGUCGGACUUUGACAUUGUGUUGAAGUAUUUAAGCAUGUUCAAGAUAUCGAGAAAGACGGCAUAUCUUUUCGAGGGUAUCAUCAUGUCAUGGGGCGAGCUUAUUAUGAUCAGUCGUCUUGAGGGAAAGCAAUAUGUGAUGCUCAAUCACUUAAUACAGUACAUGGGCGACAGUGAUCAAUUUAGAUCAAAUCUUUCUUUCCAUGAAUUACGCCUUGUCGCUUCCACCAAAAAGCUGACGGCUUGGAAACUGGUUGAGCCUUUCAUCCCAUUAAUAAGCUAUGAGCUUGUCCAAAAAAGGAACACACACCCAAAUAUGCUCAGGAUUUUUUGCGAUUGUAUCAAGAUGGAUGUCGAUGUGUUCCUCAACAGGGUUAUGGAAUUCACCGUUCCACUUUUCAUUCAGUCCUUCUCCGAAGAUCACUUAGGAUUUAUUGCUGGACAGGUUGGCAAAACUAGGUCACAACUUGUAACCAGCCACAUUGAAAAGAUAUUGGCUCUGUUGUUGACUGCGGACGAGAACAUCGAUGCUAGCAAAAUCGUUAAAAUUGUGGCCUUGUCCAAUCCAAAAUAUAAGGGAAUGAAUUUGCGAAUACUUAUCAGCGAGUGCCGCGUCAUGGAUUUGAUCUGGGAGUUGCUGAGCCUCUACAACUCGGAGCACAUGAAGCCGCGUAUCAAAAAUGCCAUAGUCUAUGCCUGCAUGUCUCGACACAUUGGAGACAUGUCUGUCAGCGAUGAUGAUGAGUUCUUGAACAAGGAAAUGGACUCGAUGAUUUUGGGUAUAGCCCAAUCGUUUUCUGCUAUCAUAUAUGAUCAUAGGGGUAGCAGGCCCUACCUACUGAAAGUUCAGGCGAUCCGUGCCAUCCGUUGCAUUGCAGAAAUAUCAACCAGUUUCCAAACAUGCCUCUCUCAAAUUAUGACCUGUUUACAAAUCGCUCUUGAAUCUCCAGAACUCCAAUUAGAAAGUCUGGAAUGCCUGCAUGUUCUUGUUUCUAACCUAGACUACUCACCAUUAUCCAUCAUUGUGGACCUGCUCAUUUCGUAUUUGAUACAGAAGUACAAGUUCUUCAACAUCAAAUGUAAGAAUAUUGCACAAAAUAUUCUUGUGACGAUUCUCGAAAAGGAUCCAAAGGUGAUGAAGGAACACCCUUCUUACAUUUACUCUCUCUCAUUGAUCAGCGAUUUUGACAACAUCACGAACAAAUACGAUAUAAAGAACCAUAACAUUCUUGUCGAAUUUGAUAGGAGAUUUCAAGCAGAUAACAAAUGGGUUGUGUUACAGGUGCUUGAUGAUUUCAAAAGCUUCCUUGACUCUCAUCAACUGGAUAUUCAUAAAACAUAUCUCAAUGACUCUCGGUUACUGCCAUUGUUUUCAUCACUUCUUGCACAUAUUAUGGCGGUUUCUAACAAAUUUUCCGUGACAAACACUGAGAUUCCUCGCAAAUGUGCUGAAGUUCUAGCGUGCUUGGGUGCGCUGGACCUCACAAAGGUUGGGCAUUAUUUCAACAGGGCCCAUAAAAGAAUAAUCCUAGUGUCUAAUUUGGGCAAUCACAGAGAGAUGGCAGAGUUUUCUGUCUAUUUCUUGAAUAAUAUCCUUGUCAAAGCAUUUGUUGCUUCUACAGAUCCCCAAAAGCAGCUAUUUCUGGCAUACUCGAUGCAAGAGUACCUGAAAAUCCUUGACUUCACCCCUGAAAACAUUCAAAGCAAGGAAGCCCCGGAAAGUCUUGUUUGGGCUAAACUGAAUAAACUAUCUCAAACAGUUCUUCGUCCGCUGCUUGUUUCGCGUUAUAUGAAAAAUUCUUAUGGUUAUAUGGCGCUAAUGUAUCCUUGCUAUAAGAACACAAAGAAGCAUUCAUUUUGGAUUCGCGAGUUCACCGAGGAUCUGCUUCACAGAUCUGAGGAUGUUCGAAAAUUACCGAAAAAUGCCAAGGCUAUAUUUGGAACUUGUUCCAUUAUUAUCAAAGACCAGGAUCUAUCCAUUGCUGAAUUUCUGCUACCAUAUACAGCACUCAUGAUGAUUGUGUAUGGAGAUGACAGGAUCAAGGCUGAUAUCGAGAUCGAAAUGAUUACAGUCUUGAAUGAAGAUCUGGACCUCCUCUCCAAUGACUCGGCCAUUGAGAGCCUGAAAUCAUGUUACAGGACAGUCUUCUCAAUUGUUGACUACUUUAGAGAGUGGGUUUCUGAGAGAAAGAGAGAUAAAAAAUACCUGCAAGGUAACUUCGUGGAGGAAAGAAAGAAGAUCGAAAGCUUCCUUUCUUUGCUCCCGUCUGAACUUCUGGCUAAACGCACCGCCCAGUGUAACUCCUAUGAACGAGCAAUAUUCAACCUGGAGCAGAGUUACGCUAGCAACAAAAUGGAUAAAGACGAAUUUUUCACCACGAUUCGACACAUGUAUGCAGAGAUUAACGAUACAGAUGCCUUACAAGGAGUGCUCAAAAAGUUUUCGACAGAGAGUUUGAAUGAUAAGCUUCUUCAAUUUCAGUAUUCUGAAGAUUGGAGAGUUACACAAGAAUCUCUAGCUGCGCUGACCGAAAUUGAUUAUGGGGACAAUAACGAUCGCAAACUGGAUUCAAUUACUUCUCUCCUGAGAUGUCUUGAUGAUCAUUGCGAAUAUGAUCAGGUGCUCUCCAAGCUUCGAGAAUUCGAGUCAUCGAUACAAGAAUUCGAACCCACGAAGGAUUGGGUUGUUUGCGGAUUGCAGGCCUCAAUUUUCAGCGGUCAGCUCGAGGAACUAAAGAGAUGGGUCUCUCAUUCACAGGAAUUUCCCUCCAUAACCUCUCCGGGGUCGUCACUGUCAAUUUACUAUGAGUUUGCUCGAGGUUUGAUAACCCUAAGCGAAAAUAAUUUGCGGGCUUGCGACGAGCAUAUCUUUAAUGCCAUCACGCACCUUGGAACUUCGUUGUCAGUUUCGCGCGAGAUAUCCCCAUCCAAGAUCUCCAAUUACAUGGUUAUGCUUCAUUGCUUGUACGACUUCAGAUCAUUAGUCUUCAUGGAGAACAAGCAAAAAGUACAGAACUGUAUGGAUUUGCUGCAAAUACGAGCUAGGAAUUCCACCAAAGACUUCAAAAUAAAUUGGAAGAUUCACUCCCUUCGCAAAUCGAUAGAGAAGUUGCACCCUCAGGCUGAUGUGCGCGCAUUUCUGGGAGACACAAUGGUGCAGGGAUCUCAAUUCCUGCGACAGGCUGGAAAAUACGAUCUUGCAACAAAGAGUAUCACGAACGCAUUAUUUAUUGGUACGUCGUCAGAGAUGAUGGUUAACUUGGAAUUUGCUAAACUGCUUUGGGCCCAAGGCGACCACAGCCAGGCUCUGAAAAUAAUCAAGAGUCUGCUAGGAAUCGCGAAGCCUCGCAAAUCUCCGGAAAUUCAACUCACAUACACCGAUUGGCUGGAACAGUCGGCUAAUGGAAGUUCGGAUGACAUUAUAAAAGGAUACGAGGCUGCCGCUGCUUUGGACCAUGUUAGUGGAAAACCACAAUAUUACUUAGGCCGUUACUACAACAAGCUCCUCGACGCUCAAGCAGUUGAGACUCCAGGAUUGAAAAAACCAGAAAAGGAUUUCUAUGGAGACCUGGAAUUCAACAUUAUAAAAGCAUAUAUUCGAUCUGCUGCCUUUUCCAACGAUUAUGUUUUUGAGGUUCUUCCUAAGGCGGUGACGAUAUGGUUAGAUUAUUUUGCCAAGUAUCAAAACGCAAGUGAGCUGACGGGGUACUCUCAUGAAACGAUAUAUGCUAGGAGGAAGGACAACUACUCGAGCAUUCUCAAAUUUGUGAAAGUGGCAGCGUCUGAGAACGAGCUACCAAUUUACAAGUGGUAUACCGUUCUUUCGCAACUAAUCUCUCGCAUGGUUCAUGGCGAUUCUGAAACCGAACUUGUGAUUUUGAAUGUCAUCACUCAGUUGGCCAAAGCAUAUCCAGAAGUUGUCUUAUACUCCGUUUAUGCACAGGUUCAGUCCACGUCACCAGAAAGAGCCAAACGUGGGAAACAAAUAUGCGAAACUCUACAAAAUAACAAGAAUGCCACACUGUCAAAGCAAGUGUACUCAGCAUUCCAACUUCUUGAGGCGCUCAAAGGAGUGUGUCAAGCAGACAUCAGCAGGCAGAAAAGAACAAAAAUGCAUUUGUACUCAGAGCUAAGAUUUUCAUACCCGGAGAACCAGGAGUGCAGAGCAUUGGCAAUUCCAAUUAGAGUCAAUUUCCAGAAACUGCUUGCCACAGGCCUGAAUAACAAUGUGUUGAGGAAGUCAAACAAUUAUCAAGUCGAUAAGUUCAUUGCGUUUAGGAAUUUCGACUCUAAAGUGAGCAUUCUCUCUUCCAUGCAGCGACCUAGAAGACUGUACAUUACGGGUACUGAUGGCCGUAGGUAUAGCAUACUUUGCAAACCUCAUGAUGAUUUGCGAAAAGACGCCAAGCUGAUGGAAUUCACCACCGUGAUGGACAGAUUGUUGAAGCUUGAUGCCGAAGCUGACAAAAGAAACCUGACCAUCAAAAACUAUGCAGUUGUGCCAUUGAAUGAGACAAUGGGUCUCAUCGAAUGGGUUGAUAACGUACGGACUAUGAGGGAUAUCAUGCUAACUUACCUUCAAAGACAGGGGAUAACCAUGGACUUUGGAAAGAUCAAGCAACUAUUGAGCGAGGAUCUUUCUGUCGGAGAGAAAAUGCACAAUUUCCAGAAGCUGUUGCGCAUGUAUCAACCAGUGCUCCAAAUUUGGUUUCAGGAUCAAUUUCCUAAUCCUGUGAACUGGUACCAAUGUCGCAACGAUUAUGUGAAAACGUGUGCAGUUAUGUCGAUUGUCGGAUACUUGGUGGGAAUGGGUGACAGACAUGGCGACAACAUAAUGUUGAGCGAGUUAUCUGGUCAGAUUUUACAUGUGGAUUUCGAUUGUUUGUUCGACAAGGGAAAGAAGCUUGCAGUUCCAGAACGUGUGCCAUUCCGUCUCACACAGAAUAUGACGGCAGCGAUGGGAGUCACUGGGUAUGAAGGAACGUUUAGGAAAACUUGUGAGGUGACGAUGAAGAUUAUUCGCCAAAACGAGAAUAGCCUCAUGAACGUCCUGGAGACCUUCUUAUACGAUCCAAUCAUGGACUGGAAGGUGAAGCACAAAAAACGUAGGUCUGCUACAGAAGAGACCGAUUCAAAAGGCUUGCAACCGCAGGUAGCUAUGGAUACCAUCAGAAGAAAAAUCAAAGGAAUCCUUGAUCCAAAAGACUUGGACACGGGCGCGAAAGACAGCGGCGGGCUAUCAGUUUCGGUGGUGGCCCAUGUUGACGCAGUGAUCCAACAAGCAACAUCAGUGGAAAACUUGUCACAGAUGUAUAUUGGCUGGAUGCCAUUUUUAUGA